GUAUAGGUUCAUAUCGAGAGCUCAUAAACUCUCCAGAACAGGAGGACCUGGCCAACACUGUGGAAAAUGUGAAUAUGAUGUCCUUCCUUUCAAAUGGUAGCCCGGUGGUGCAAUCCGGAUCAUACACAGAACUUAUCAAGAGUGGCAACAAGCAAAUGACUCCCGAUCCAAAGCAGGUCAAGAAAGGUCUGAGUACGAGCACACCAGUUGGUGAAAACCAAAAAAAAAUGUAUGAGACUAUUUCUGCAGAGAGCCCAGCACUUAAGCAAAACGUUUUCACUGACAUGAGUCCAGCAUUAGCAAAACAUUCUCCACUGUGCAGGGAAGUUGUCAAAAGAGUUACAGACAGAUCUCCCUGUUCUAGUUCUACUAGAACUCCAUGUAAUACAAAGGACAAGAAGCCGAUGUUUGAGUCUCCAAUGCUGUUGAAAAAUGGUUCAGGAUCUCCAGUUGUUUCAAGGAAUAGUCCUAAGCCUACAGGAUCUCCAAUGGUUUUGAAGAAUACUUCAAAGACAGCUGGAUCUUGCCUUGUUACUGCAAAGGAAGGCCCAAAACCUACAAGAUCACCAAUGGUUAUAUCAAGGGACAGUCCAAGAAUUGCAGCCAGGGAUAGUCCAAGGAAGAAUGGAUAUCCAAUGGUCUUGAGAGAAAGCCCGAGGAAGACUGGCUCGCCAAUGGUUUUGAGGGAUAGUCCGAGGAAGACUGGGUCUCCAAUGGUUUUGAGAGAAAGCCCGAGGAAGACUGGGUCUCCAAUGGUUUUGAGAGAAAGCCCGAGGAAGACUGGGUCUCCAAUGGUUUUGAGGGAUAGUCCUAGGAAGACUGGGUCUCCAAUGGUUUUGAGGGAUAGUCCUAGGAAGACUGGGUCUCCAAUAGUUACAGCAAGGGAUAGCCCGAAGCUUGCUGGGUCACCCAUGCAGUUGAAAGUUUCAACUAAGAAGAUUGAAAAAGUCAUACUGGUAAAUAGAAUGGAGAGUUCUGGAAAUUGUGAGGAGAUGCAGACAUCAACUGAUGAGGAUGGCUUUGUAGAAACUGUAGAAGGCAGCAGUGAGGAGAAGAACUUACAAAUUUCGUUUCCUAGUUUAGAUGAAAGCUCCAAAGUUAAUGAAGACUCAGACAGCUCAGGUCAGAACCAUUCUAAAGAAAUAAGUGAAGAAAUCAAUGAAGGCAGUGUUGGGGAGAGUCCGUCUUUGAACAAAAGCUCUGAAUCAAAUGAAACUGAUCGAAGCAGUGUUGUGGAGAGUCUCUCCUUGGACAACAGCUCCAGGUUGAACGAGGUCUCCUCAGUUGUGGACAUGUCUCAUGAUUCCAUUGUUUGUGUGGCAGAGAAAAGUUUACAGGUGUCUUUUGCCUCAGAGGAUGAUUCAAAAGAAGGUGACGUCUGCCCAAUGGAUGACGUCUGCUUAAAAUUGGAUGAUUGCUCCAUGGUUGAUGUCUGCGAUGAGAUAUGUCAGGUGUCCAUGUCUUCUUGUGCAGGGAGUCAGGAGGGAUCUGAAAAUCAUGAAACUGUAAUUAACAAAGCAGGGACCUCAAAGCUAGAAAUGUCUGGAUGCCUUGACUUGGAGAAUAGUGUCAGUGCAUCCCCGUCAUCAGUCAAGAUUGAACAAACUGAAGUCAAUAUUACGGACAAGUCAGUGCAAGUUUCUUUUUCGUCUCCAGGUUCAGAUCAACCAGCGUCUUGGGAUUCUGAAAAAUCUGCAUCUGAGGAUUCUUGCCAAUCGGAGGAGUCUGAAAAAAAAUCUGAAGAAUCGGCUGAAUCUAACCAGUCAGUGGAGGAUGGCAGUGUAGUCACCCAAAUUCAAAAUAAACCGGGGAAAACUAAGCAUUCUGACCCCCAGUCUACAUUGGACACAACCGUUUAUGAAGAUGCCUUAACAAGCCAGCUUACUGGUAGAAAAUCUACACAGUCUUGGCGAUCACAGCCUGCUCUCUCUAGUGAUGAAGACGCCCCGGAUCCCAAUCCUCACAGGCGCACAUCGAGAAAAUCAAAGAAACAAGCAACAGCUGCACUUGCUAAGGUUUUCAACACCAGCAGCAGUGACGACUUGGACGAUUUUUUCAACAAGAUGAAAACGCCAGCCAAGAAGCAAUCAGAAUCUGACGAUGACGAUGACUUGAGUGACUUUGUCGUAAGCGAUGGUGAGAUGAGCUUUGAGACGGCCGAUGAAAGCCCCGAAGACGAUGAAGUAUUCUACAUCAACACGGGAAGGCUGAUAGAGGAGGCUGAAUCAGUAAGAAAGCCACCGAAGAAAACACCAGGUGCCAUAUUGACAGGAAAGAAGUCCACCAAACCUCUGAACACGUCUAAGAGGAAGAAAGCUCUGUACAAUGAUGGCCUCUCCCCACUGGGUGACUUCAGGCGGACAAGGCCUGUUCCGACAAUGCAACAGAACCUUUUUUGCGAAGAACCGUCCGAUGAUGAUGUGAGAUCCAGAAAGAAACAAGCGGCAGCAUCAUUUGUAGAUAUGAAUGGAGAAUCUGAUGACAAUUUGGACGAAUUCAAAACUCCCUGUCCACCUCCAAAAGUCAAGCCCUCCAGAAAGACUACAGCAUCCAAACCAAACUACAUCAAAUUGAGCUCUGAUGAUGAUGAAGUGGAUGAGGACUUCAAAACACCGGCUUUACCCCCUAAAGACAAACCAUCCAGAACAACCAAGAAUCCAAAAGCCAAGUACAUUGAUUUGAGCAGUGAUUCUGAUGAUAUGGAGGACUUCAAAACACCUGGUUUCUUGCCCCCAUUGAAGUCGGAUAGUGCCCCAAACCUGCCAAAAGCAGGUACCAACACGCCUGCCUUCCGAAUGCCUGCUGCAGUCAAGAUGAAGGGUGCCAAGACGGUCGCUACAAUGAGAUAUGGCAUAACUACCGACAAGAAACCGACUGCAACUUUCUUAAGAUCGCUCAGCUUGGACGUCCAGAGUGAUAGGAGACAUCCAGAGGCUCACAAGUUUGUGACCAACUUUAAAUCAACCAAGGAAGUCCUCACCAAGAAGUUGUUUGAUCUUUAUUCAUCAACAGUCUUUGAAAACAAACUACCAGAUUUCCCCAUAAUAUGGAACAGCCGCCUCACCAAGACAGCAGGCUAUUGUGCCUAUAGCAGAGAGAGGCCAACUAUGGUCUUCAAGUGCAGAAUUGAACUUUCUGUGAAAGUUUGUGACAGUGCAGAGCGUCUUCGUGAUACCUUGAUCCACGAAAUGUGUCAUGCGGCAGUCUGGCUUCUGAACGGCAAGAAAGAUGGCCAUGGACCAAUAUGGAAAACUUGGGCCCAGAGAGCCAACAUGGUGCACAGUGAGCUUCCCAUCAUUAGGAGAUGUCACUCCUACAGCGUUGAGACCAAGUACAUCUACAAGUGUUCCAAGUGUGGAUAUCAAAUUGGAAGACACAGCAAGUCCCUAGAUACGGCGGGUAAGGUCUGUGGUUAUUGCCGGGGACACUUUGAGCUCUACGUAAAUGGCAAGAAUGGACUGAAGAAAGCUUUAGGAUCAACAACAAAAACACCAAACAAAUUUGCAAUGUUCGUGAAGGAAAACUACGGCAGCAUCAAAAGUAGCAACCAGAAAAGUAAGCAUAAGGACAUCAUGAAGUUACUCAGCUCAGAGUUUGCCAAGACGAAGAUAUCAUUCAGCUGAUUUAUUCUGCACAGGAGCUGAAUUAUGUGAAAGGAACCAUUGACUGUUUACUGCCACUAGAUUACUGUACCCUGGAGAUAUUCGCUAGCUGAUUGAUUUUGCGGACAUCAUUUGUCCACAAUGCAAAAGCCUUGAAAAUAUUCCUGUCUACAGUUGUUGGUGAGGAAGCAAAAAAACAUGGACAGUUUGUGUAUGCCCUAUUUAUCAGCACUAUUUGCUGUUUUCUUUUUGUAGAAAUGUGUGUUU